AUGCCUUCUAUUCUUUCUAUCGCUUCUGCUGCACUGGUGUGCUUGUCGGCAGCGACUGCUUCCCCUCACAAGCAGCCUGCUCAAAACCAGGUCGACCCUUUCUUCUACAAGGGCUUCGAUCUGUCUUCGCUGCAUAUCCUGGAGCUUGGCAAUGUCACCUACAAAGACACUGCUCGUCGCAAUGCUACAAGACCUGCCGAGGAUAUCCUUGGUGAUGGUGGCAUGAACACUGUAAGACUGAGAAUCUGGGUCAACCCUGAGCCUGGACAAUACGAUCUGGCAUACACAUUGAGCCAAGCCCAGCGUUUCGCUAAGAAGGGCUACCGUAUUUACCUUGAUUUCCAUUUCUCGGACACCUGGGCCGACCCAAACAAGCAAUUCACACCUGCAGCUUGGACAACCAGUAGCGUUUCUGCACUCGGAUCAGAUCUUCGCGACUACGUCAAGUCAACCCUUAUUGCCUUCAAGAAGGGCGGCGUUGAUCUCUCCCUCGUAAGCUUGGGUAAUGAGAUCCGCCAUGGUAUGCUCUGGCCUACUGGUUACGUUGACGUGGACACCGCACCAACCUCCGCCCGCAUUGCCAACUUCACAAACCUCGCCAGUCUGUGGUCGAACGCUCGCAAGGGUGUCGACGAUGCAGUCAAGGCUGGUGUCAAGAAGCCCUCCAUUAUGAUCCACAUUGACGAUGGUUGGAACAAGACUCUGCAGCUCGACUGGUUUGGCGCACUGACCGGCACUGGCAAAGUCAAGGCCGAGGAUUGGGAUGUCUUUGGUUUCUCGUUUUAUCCUUUCUACGGCACCGCCGCUACUCUUGACAACCUGAAGGAUACUCUAAAUGCCGUUGCCACCAAGUACCAGAAGCCCGUUCACGUCGUCGAGACCGACUGGCCAGCCAUCUGCGACGGCGCCACCGCACCUGAGCUCAGCGAUACCUCCGUCCCUAUCAGCCCUGCCGGUCAAACGGAAUGGGUGCAAGAUAUUGUUAGCGUAGUCAAGGGCGUCACUGGUGGUUGGGGUAAAGGUGUCAACUACUGGGAGCCUACUUGGUUGAACAACACCGGCUUGGGCAGUGCUUGCCAAGAUGCCAUUUUGUUCUCCGCUGACUGGAGUGGCUGGCCGAACAAGAUCAUUGGAUACUCGAGAUCGAGUGUUAACAUGUUCGCUGGCAAGUAA